UUCUCUCGUUUCAUUAAUUGCAGGUCUGUCUCAGCUCCUUUUUCGCCGCUGAGUCUCAGAUUCCCUUGUUAUCUCUCAGGAUUCACCAAACCGAUCCCCUUCCCUUCUUAGUUCCUUCCUUAUCCCUUCUUUUUUAAACUUUUUUUUUUAUAUUUUUUUCAUUUUUUAAAACUCAAAAUUUAGUUUAUUAUUAUUUGUUAUUCAGUCUUUUGGGAGAAAUGAGCGAUCAUCUGGUGCUGUACGUUGACCGGCUCUCAGCACCCGGCUCAGCCAUCUCCCGAACCCGAACCGCCGCUAGAUGAACCUCCGGCCGCCACGGCGGGGCCCUCCCAUUCUGCUCCGAGAGCCGAGGACGAGGAUGAGGACGAGGAUGAGGAGGCGCCGCUGUUGCAGAUGGCGGAGUGCCGCAUUUGUCAGGAGGAAGACACCGUCAACAAUCUCGAGUCGCCAUGUGCUUGCAGCGGUAGUCUCAAGUAUGCUCACAGAAAGUGCGUCCAGCAUUGGUGCGAUGAGAAAGGAGACAUUAUUUGUGAGAUAUGUCACAAGCCCUAUGAACCUGGUUAUACUGCCCCACCACCUCGUGCACAUCCUGAAGAAACUACCAUUGAUAUAGGGGGAGGUUGGACAAUUUCUGGCACACCUUUGGACUUGCGGGAUCCUCGUCUCUUGGCAAUUGCUGAGGCGGAACGCCAAUUCUUGGAAGCAGAGUAUGAUGGAUAUGCUGCUUCUAAUGCCAGUGGUGCUGCAUUUUGCCGUUCAGCUGCUCUUAUUUUGAUGGCUCUUCUACUCUUGAGGCAUGCACUUUCAGUCACAGAUGAAGAUGCCGAUGAUGAUCCAUCCACUUUCUUCUCUCUUUUCUUGCUUCGAGCUGCUGGGUUUCUUUUGCCUUGCUACAUCAUGGCUUGGGCAAUCAGUAUUUUGCAACGUCGGCGACAAAGACAAGAGGCUGCAGCACUGGCAGCAACUCAAGUCGCGUUCGUUUUUCAAUCCGGGCAGCGUAGGGGUCUGCAGUUCGCCAUUGCACCAGGACCUGCAGUGAGUACACACCAGGAACAAGUGUAGUUUGUUUGUAUGCUAGUGUAUGUGUACGAAAUGGCGAUGCGCCAUGUAAAAAGAUGGCUUUGUUGAAAUGCCACAUAUAGUACUCUUGAUUUUUCUCCGCCCUAAUGUUAAUGUACCUACCUGCAUACAUUCACUUUGCAAAUUGCAACUUUGAGAUGGUAGUUAAUUUUUUUUGAAUUCGAAACAGAUUUAUUUAUUGAUCUAA